UGGCUGACUCUUUAUGGUCUGUGGUCUCAGCUCCACGCGGAGUUGAAGGGGACCUGUCACUCUUCCACCAGCAGGCGGGGCUUCUGCAGUUCUGGCUGAUCAUUGGCUGAGAAAUAUGUGACGUUUCUCUCCAAUAUACCACGUGGGAUAUACGCCAUUACAAGCAAAGUAUCUGGCGGUGGCGGUAGUGGAACAAUGGAUUGUGCGCGUUAAGAGUGCGAAAGCUAUAUAUUUGAAUGAAAAUCGGCUACCUAAUGGAAUAAACGAAAAGAAUAAUGAGUGUAUUUUUAACUGGCGCUGUGAAAUGUAAUUGUGAUCAAAGUAAUUCGUAUUAUUGGUAACGGAAAAGUGUGACAACAGUAAAAUAUUUCGUGUGCGGUGUUGUGGGUUCAGCAACCUGCGGUUUUGCCGAAAGUGGUAAUAUGUGGAGGUGAUGUUUUCUUCAAUUGGCAUAUAGCCGUGUGUGUAUUUUGUGCACAGUUUCAUCAUGUAUCCUGCCCCGGCUAGACAUCCAUCUGCCGCGGGCCCUCCGCCGCAGCCUGGCCAACUAAAGUUCACUGUGGCGGAGACGUGCGAGCGCAUCAAGGAGGAGUUCAACUUCCUGCAGGCGCAGUACCACACGUUAAAGCUGGAGUGCGAGAAACUGGCCAGCGAGAAGACAGAGAUGCAGCGGCACUACGUUAUGUACUACGAGAUGUCGUACGGCCUAAACGUCGAGAUGCACAAGCAGACGGAGAUUGCUAAGAGACUGAACGCUAUUAUAGCACAAGUGCUGCCAUUCCUCGCCCAAGAGCACCAGCAGCAGGUGGCGACGGCGGUGGAGCGCGCCAAGCAGGUUACCAUGACCGAGCUGAACGCCAUCAUCGGGCAACAGCAACAACAGGGUCUCCAUCAACUCUUGCAGCAGCUCCACGCGCAGCAGCUGCCGCACGGCCCGGCGGCGCUGCCGAUGGGCCCGCACCCGGCGCUGCCCGCCGCCAUGGGCCCCGGGGGCCUGCUGGCGUUCGGCGGCGGCCUGGGCCCCGGCGCUGCGUCGGCGGCGGCGCAGGCGGCGACUGCGGCGGCGGCGGCGGCGGCGGGCGCGGGGCCGCUGUCCGCGGCGGCGGCGGCGGCGGCAGCGGCGCAGCAGCACCCGCUGCUCAAGACGGCCGCCGACCUGCACGCCGCCAGGGACCCCGACCUCAAGGCGGCCGCCGACGAGAGGCUGAGAGCUUCUGUGUCACCGGGUGAGAGAGACAAGUAUCGUUCUCGAUCUCCGGAUGUUGAACCAGAUGUGAAGAGACGAAAAGAAGAUAAACUUGGUCAUGAAAGUGAUGGAGAGAAGAGUGACCAAGAUUUAGUAGUGGAUGUAGCAAAUGAGGACCCUAAUUCACCUCACCCCAAUGGUGGUGAUCAUCCUGGGGCAGAUAUCAGAGAAAAUGGUGAGAAAAGCGGUGGUCUAGGCAGUGUUAAGUCAGAGAGGCCACCCAGUCGUAGUGGUUCCAGUUCCAGUCGGUCUACGCCAUCUCUGAAAAGUAAAGAUGCUGAUAAACCAUCCACACCUGUCUCCAAAGCCACAACACCUACAGGCGCCCCAGGUUCGAGUGGAGGCAAAUCAGGAGUUCCUGCUGUAGUGCUUCCUCCAGGAGCAUAUCCAUUCCCUCUUAUGGCUGGUGGAGUUGGAGCAGCUAGAAGUAAUGAUGCUAGCCCAUACAACAGUGUGCCACCCUCUCCUUACUCAAGACCACCCAUGUUGGGGUAUGAUUCUCAUCCACAUGUGCGAACUCCAGGGCUUAGUGCAAAUGGACUAGGUGGCAUCCCUGGAGGAAAACCGGCUUACUCCUUCCAUAUGAAUGGUGAAGGACAGUUGCAGCCUGUACCAUUUCCCACAGAUGCACUGAUUGGCCCAGGGAUUCCAAGGCAUGCAAGGCAAAUUAAUACAUUGGCACAUGGUGAGGUGGUCUGUGCUGUUACUAUAAGCAAUCCAACUAAGUAUGUGUACACAGGUGGAAAAGGCUGUGUUAAAGUUUGGGAUAUCAGUCAACCUGGUUCCAAAAGCCCUGUGUCCCAGCUUGAUUGUCUUCAAAGAGACAAUUACAUCAGAUCAGUUAAAUUGCUGCCUGAUGGAAGAACUUUAAUUGUUGGCGGGGAGGCAAGUAAUUUAAGCAUAUGGGAUCUGGCCUCACCAACACCACGUAUUAAGGCUGAACUAACUUCAAAUGCACCAGCAUGUUAUGCUCUUGCAAUUAGUCCAGACUCGAAGGUAUGUUUCAGUUGCUGUUCUGAUGGGAAUAUUGCUGUCUGGGAUCUGCACAAUCAGACAUUAGUACGCCAAUUUCAAGGUCAUACUGAUGGUGCUUCAUGCAUUGAUAUUUCUGCGGAUGGCACAAAACUGUGGACAGGUGGCCUUGACAACACAGUACGCUCUUGGGACCUCAGGGAAGGACGACAACUGCAACAGCAUGACUUCUCAUCGCAGAUCUUCUCUCUUGGUUACUGCCCAACAGGGGAGUGGCUUGCUGUCGGCAUGGAGAACUCAAAUGUUGAGGUGCUGCAUGCUGUGAAGCCAGACAAAUAUCAGCUUCAUCUGCAUGAAUCCUGUGUACUUUCAUUGCGUUUUGCUGCCUGUGGAAAGUGGUUUGUCUCUACUGGCAAAGACAAUUUGCUCAAUGCCUGGAGGACUCCGUAUGGUGCAUCAAUAUUCCAGUCAAAAGAAUCAUCAUCGGUGCUGAGCUGUGACAUAUCAGCUGAUGAUAAAUACAUAGUGACUGGUUCGGGUGACAAAAAGGCUACAGUUUAUGAAGUUAUUUAUUAAUGUUAUAAAAAAUUUCUUCAUAAUGUAAUACUGAAAUAAUUUUCCUACUCCCUUGUUUUAUUUGGAGUUUCAGAUUGUUACAUUAUUUGUCAUUGAAACUGAAAUGGACAUCAACAGAGAUGAACAAAGUAUGAAAACAGUAUUCUUGAAAUCAUCUACAAAGAUGAUUGCCAAUGACAGCUAUUUUAGUUUUAAUUUCAAAGUAUCUGAACUUAAAUUAUUUUUCUCUUUAACAAAAAGAGUGUGUGUGUGUGUGUGUGUGUGUGUGUGUGUGUGUGUGUGUGUGUGGGCGUGUGCACGUGCUCGCGUGUGCGUGCGUGCGCAUGUUCAUGUGUGUGCAUGUGUGUGCAUGCUUGUGAUGCCAUUGCACAUGUAUGUUUGAAUGAAUGUCACAGAAAGAAUUAGAAUAAAAUAAAGUUGUGAAUGUUAAAUUUCUUGUAUUACAGUACAUGAAAGCUUAAAGGAUAAUAGUACGAAUGAUUUCGUGCUAUUUAAAUAAGCAGGGGUUAGUGUGUUAAUAAUGAACAUAAUAUUGUUCUCCAAUAGUUGACAGUAUUUUUACUACAACAGAAAAAUCUUUUACAUGCCAUCAAUCUGUGUUAAUUAAGUGACUGACUUCCAAGGCUCUCUAGCUGUAGAGAUGUUAUUUCCUGUGUACAUUCCUUUGUUUAAUUUUUAAGGAACUGUGGCAAAAAUGAGCCUUAAGGUAUGGCUCUUAUAUUAUCAAUGCCUGUAAAUUUUCGCCCCAUUUACUGGUCACAAAUGUAUCUACAUGAGUGCUUGCUUAUGUAUACCACAAGGAAAGAAAGCACACAUGCGUAGUAAAACAUGCACUUUUGUAACUUUAGCUGUCAAGGAGAGAUGAGUUUAAAUGAGAACUCUGAUGAACUUGGGUGAUUUUUCUUGGUGGAGUGAAUAUUCAAAGAAGUUUUGGGUUCGCUGCUGGCUGUUGUUAAUUACAGUCCAUGAUAAUUCCACUGGGCACCUGCCAGUCAUCUUCAGAUGAGCCAUCGAACACUCAAGAUGAUUUUCCUCAUAUCACAGUUUAUUAUUAUCAUGCUGUGUAUAUUCCACACAUGUUUAAGAUAGCAGUGGGAGAUUGACCGCACUACGUUACUAGCUGACCCACCACUGGGUGCUGCCUGCUGGGUAGUGAGAUCAGUUUCCCAUUACUAUCUUAAUGCAUAUGUGGAAUACACAUACCAUGGUAAUUAAUUGUGGGAUGGGGGAAAUCAUCUAAAGUCUUCACUGGCUCACCUGAAGAUGACUGGAAGGUGCCUAGUCAAAAUAAUGUGCCAAUGACUGGCAGCAGGUUUGAUUAACUUGAAGGAUAGAGGAGGAGAAGGAGGAGGUGGAGGAGAGAGAGAGCGAGAGAGAGAGAGAGAGAGAGAGAGAGAGAGAGAGAGAGAGAGAGAGAGAAUUUAUUUUUGUUUCUAAAUACAUCCAUCAGAUGUUAAGGGAAUGUAUGUUCUCGAUUUUGAAUAGGAUUUGUUCUCUCUAUAUAUAUAUCCAUGUUGGAUAAUUUUGUUUGUAACUUUAUUUUGAAGAGUAAUAUCACUGCAGUGUAAUUUCUUUCAGCAAAGAGAAAUUUGAAAAAAAUUGUAGAUUUGCCUGUAUCAGGUGCUUUCUGUAUAACUGUAAAUAGAAUCCCUCCUGGUUACCCCCGCACUUGAAAAUUUAAUAUAUAACUGAUUGUGGGAUUUGUUUUCAUUUUGUAGCCCUCAUUCUUGUUACAAGGGAGACAUAUCUUGAAAAUGUGUCAGGAGAUAGUAUGUGGAUGAGGAGGGAGGCACCAGGUAUAUGUGAGCUCACAAAAAUGACUAAGAUGACUAUGAAAAUUUUGCAAAUUAAAAACCAUUACACUCCUUGAAUCAUAUGUUACCACAGUUUUCUGUAUAUGGGGAAGGAAUUGAGAUAACAGUGUUGUAUUACUGUAUUUUUUUAAGGAUUAGGUAGAUUCUGGCAAUUAGUUCAUCAAAAUUAUGAUUCAAAUAGUCAACUAAGAAAUAGAAUUGUUAUGUCUUUGAACCAUUCAGGCCAUAUUUGAUCCUUCAUUUGCAGUUCUACAGAAAGGAACCAUUGAAUGUUACAAUUAUUUUGUUAGCCAUUGUUGUUACAGGCAUUGAAAAUGUAAAUUACAAAACUCAAUUUUUUCUGGACAGUGUACUUCACAGCAAUCAGUGCAUUUUAAUCCAUUAGUUGUAAUGGAGGAAUAACAAAUGUAUCAAACUCAGAAUGCAAUAACAGGCACAGCCAGUUGAUGUAAAUCAGGGAUUUAUUUUUCUGAAAGUAUGGUUAGCUGUAGCACACCAAUUUAAACCCUUCCUGUCACAUUUAUACUAGCAUCUCAGAAGAUCAAGAUCUGUAUGUGUGAAUGUUAUUUGGAUCAAAUUACAUAUUUUUGAAGUCAA